GUCGAAGAUGCACUGGUCACCAGAGCAUGCCCAGUCCCUGAACCAGUGGCCAGAGCAGCACCUCGACGUUUCCUCCACCACCUCCUCACCAGCCCACAAGUCCGACCUCUACCCCAGCACCCGCCAGCGCUUCAACUACGCCUGGGCCAACGACGACAUCUCAGCACUCACCGCCUCCAACCUCCUCAAGAGGUACGCCGAGAAAUACUCGGGGGUGCUGGAUGCGCCCUACGAGCGCCCGGCGCUGAGCGGCUAUGGGGAUGGCGCCUUCGGGCCCGUUAACGGGCAGAAAGGGGACGGUGAGCCCUGGCCUGUGCCUCACGGCUCCGACGGCGCCUACCCACUGACCUCCAUCCACGAUGGCCUCCCCGGUGCCAAGGCUGUGGUGCCACCCGCCGUGCCGGCCGGUAGCGCUCCGCUGGGGCUCGCCGGCUCCCCGGUGGUGUCGGCCAACCUCGCUGAUCCCAUUUACGCCGGGAAUUCGUGCGGAGCGGCGGGCGGCUCCGGCGGGCUGGGCUCAUCUCAGGAGUACCCUGCGGGCUACGGCAGCACCUACUUGCCCUCCGGCUACUGCGGCCAGCCCAGCACAGCACUUGCCCCUCCGCAUCCACCCACCCUGCACAGCUCGGGGCUCCUGCAGCCCACGCACCCCUCAUCCGCCCUGGUGCCGGGCUACGGUUCCUCCGGCCCCGUCUACAACUACGCCUCGGGCAGCUACGCCACACAGCCGGGCUAUGGAGCCAUCCACCCACCCCAUCCCUCCGCCUCCUACCUGCCCUCAGGCAUCGCAGCCCCUACCCCGCUGCCGGCCCCCGGGCCCACCACUCGCCCAUCUGUGGUGCCAACCUAUGGCUACCAAGCCGCCGGGUUGGCUUCGUUGGCUGUGCCGCCUUUGGGCACCGAAGCGACGGGCACCUUGAAGAGGAAAGCUUUCGAUAUCUCCGGUGGGGAGGAUGAAGCAGAGGGCAGAUAUCGGAAAUACAGCUACGAGCAGCCAAAGUCCCCCUACCCCAUGUCGGACAACGGCGAGUGCCGAGGCAACGGCUUCCCCAGUGCCAGCAAGCGGCCGGCGGGCAGCGCUGAGGAGCACGGCAGUAAAUACGGUGGGCAGGCGAUGAAGAGCGUGGUCUCACCGCCCUACGGAGCUGGGGAUGCCCCACUGCGACCCACAGAGUCCUUUGAGAAGUUCAGCCCUCCCCUUGCCAACGGGGAGCGGGCGGCCGAGCCGGGACACCCCUUCCCUUUGAGGCUGCCACCCAAAGCGCCCGUCUUCAGCAGCCAAGCAGUGGAGGAGCAACCCAAAAACGUUGACCCGCUGGUGUUGGAGUUGGUGAACACCAAGAUCGUGGAGCGCGGGCCGCCCGUGCAGUGGACGGACAUCGCCGGGCAGGUCUCCAUCAAAGCAGCCAUUGAGGAGGAGCUGGUGUGGCCCAUCCUGCGACCUGGUGCCUACACUGGGGCGAGCAGGCUGCCCAGAACCAUCCUCCUGUUUGGGCCGCACGGCACCGGGAAGACCCUCCUGAGCCGCUGCAUCUCCACCCAGCUGGGCUCCACGCUGCUGAAGCUCAGCGCCGCUGCCCUGCUCACCACCUGGAAAGCCGAAGCCGAGAAGAUCCUCCAGACCGUCUUCUUUGUGGCCAAGUGCCGACAGCCCUCGGUGGUGCUCAUCAUGGAGGUGGAAUCCUUGCUGGUGGCCCAGGACGGCGGCCAGGCUGGAAACCUCAAGUCUCAGCUCCUCUCCUACCUGGACAAUGUAGCUACCUCGACCGAGCAGAACGUGGUCAUCAUAGGGACCACCUCACGGCCCGGCAGCAUGGACGAAGCUUCCCACCGGCGCUUUGCCAAACGUUUCUACAUCUCCCCACCGGACAGCAUCGCCCGGAGGCAGAUCCUCCACCACGCUUUGGCUCAGCAGAGCUCCUGCCUGAGCGAGCGGGAGAUGGCGUCCCUGGUACAGCACACCGAGAGCUUCUCGGGCAGCGAGCUGAUCCAGCUCUGCCAGCACGCCGGGGCCACCACGCUGCACGGCUUGCCAGGCCAGAUCCAACCCACCUCCUACAAGGACUUUGAGAAGGCCUUUUGCAAGGUCCGCCCCGCCGCCUCGCAGAAGGAGCUGGACUUGUUUGCUGAGUGGGAUAAGAUGUACGGGUCCAGGCACUGACCGGGAAGACCCGGCCACAACCAACAUACCUCUUUCUUAGGGUUUCUGAUAGGACUGGGCUUUUUUGGUCCUUUGUUUUUCUGAAGCAGUCGCUCGUUGAACUCAGGAUAACCUAUUUAUUGUUCACCCGCCUCCCCUUGCAGCCGUUUCCAGACCGUAGAACCGCAGGAUCACAGAACCGUAGAAUGGGUCGAGUUGGAAGGGAACCUGAAGGGUCAUCCAGUGCAACUGCCGUGCAGUGAGCAUCCACAUCUCAGUCACAGAACCGCGGGGUUGGUUGAAUUGGAAGGGAACCUUCAGGGUCACCCAACUCCAACUCCUGUGCGGGGGGCCGUCGAGAGCUCAGUCGUAGAACCAGGGAAUGGUUGAGUUGGAAGGGAACCCAAAGGAUCAUCGGCGCAACUCCGUGCCGCCAACAUCCAGGCCUCCAUCGCAGAACCGUAGGGUCGGGGAGGGAACCUCGAGGGUCAUCUGCUCCAACUCUCGUGGGCAUCCGCAGCUCCACCGCGUCGCUCAGAUGCGAUGAGCAGAGCUGAAAACGCGCCGCAAUUAAAGCUUUUAUUAAUUACAGAGGAUGGGUGCUCAUGUCCCCAUGCCGGCGUGCGGAGGUUUUCCUUCUUCUCACUUAUUCCCAAGCAAAACAUCGAUGGCAGCGACGGAGGAAGCAGCACAGGGAGGUGGGGGGACCACAGAACCCAGGGCUUUGGAGUAAAAUGCUGUAGAUUGUUUAAUAUACUAGACUUCGUUUUUAUUUUUGUAAGCUGUGUAGGUUGGUUUUGUUGGUUUUUGUUUCUUUUUUUGGUGGAUUUUUUUUUAUUCUUUGUGCUGUUUUCGUUUUGUUUCGUUUUCUUUCGAACUACUCAGGAAAUGAAUGAACCUCAGCAUUGAAAAAAAAAAAAUAAUAAUAAUA